CGCAUUCAUGAAACUGUCACUGUUGAAAACAAGGGGCUGACCAUUUCCAAGAUGAUGAACGACACUGAGCUGGCGUCGUUGCGAAACAGGUUCAAGGCAAAUGCAGAGUUGUUGAUGCAAACGACGCCAUCUCCCGAUGAAGAAGAAACGAGUAAGGAUAAAAAGGAUUUCCAACCUCUCCCUCGAAUUAACAGACACUCAGUUUUCUGGAUUUGUGCAUCUGUUAUUGUGACAUAUUAUGUGGAUUUCUUCCAAAACAUCUUGGAGAACGAGGAAAUUAAGAGUUGGUGGUUCAACGUGGGGCUUCUGCUCCUGGGCAUCUGUCUGACACUGGCUUUGUUUUGCAUUGUGUACCUGGAGUGGUACAAAGGCAUCCAGCACUAUGACCAAGUGUACCCCGCUAUCCCUCCCAUUACCACUGCAGCCUUCAUUGCAGCGUCUUGCAGCUUCAAUUUCGCCCUGUGGCCGGUGUGGUCGUUCUUCACUCCACUGAUCCUCUUCACUCAGUUCAUGGGAGUGGUCAUGUUAAUCUCUUUACUUGGAUAAGUGUGACUGAUUUUCUGCCUCACACGCUGCAUCUCUGCCAGUGAGAACACCACUAACCAGGGGCACCAAACACAUGAAAGAACACUGAUCAAAGUGUGCCUGCCAGGUUGUCUUUUACGCUAUAUGUUUUUGAGCUCUUGUUAGCACUUGUUUGCUCAGUUUUAGUGCGUCACAUUGCUGCUCCAAACCUCCAAUGCAGAAGGACAGUGUCGAAGGAAGGAGGAGACGUUUGAAAACUGUUGGUUCUGUGCACUGGGAAUCAACCACUGAGAAAAGGAGUAUGUGCAGUGUGAGUUUGUCCAUGAAACCCCUUUGAACCAUUGAUAAACGUUUGUAGCUUCUAAAACCAAACAUUUGGUCUCAUUUCCACUGUUCUGGGGUUUGAUUGACUGACAUGACAUGGUGUGACAGAUCAGAUCAGGGCUGAGAAAUAGAUCAUAUAAUGGAUUUUGACAGGUGGGAGAACAAAAUCUAAAUAAACUGGGAGAAAUGAAUAAUGAAAAUAUUGUUUAUGAAUUGGUAAAUGUCUCGAGUUCUCCCUAAAAUGCCAUUAUUUUGGUCCCAGGCUGCUGAUGGCUAAAUCACAUCUCAAAUAAAGCAACAAAAUUGCCAUUCAAAUGUAAUUUUUGUUGUUAUCUGCUCACAGAUUGUAAUUGUGGAGAACUUUGGACGAUGUUCUCAGUAUUUAUUAUUCAUUUUCAUGAGAGGAAUCUGUCCCACAGCACACAUUCUUGCAAGGUCAAAAAGAAUGAAUGAACGAAAACAUGACAGAUCUGCAUCUGUUUUUCACAAUUUCUUAACUUUGUUACCCCUGUUUGAAUGUCUCUCUUUAGUGCCGAAAUAAUCUAGAUAAAACUUCAUCAACUUUGUCCACUUUGUCCUCUUGUAAGUUCUUAGCUUUUGACAUCCUAGAACAGUUUUAACCCUGACUUGCACAUAUGAUACAUGUGACACAGGUUUUCAUGUUAGAUUUUUUUUUCUGGAACAACCCAUAAAUAAUUGGACUCUAUAUGACUCAGACCCGGAGGCCACAUGUCACCUGGCCCUCUGCCUGUAUUAAUGUGGCCCUUCAUUAAUUGCUAUUAAUGUUAUUAUUUUCACAUAUUUAUCCUCUAUUUUUUCUGUCGUUUAUGUUGCUUAUUAUUCUUUAACGUCACUUAAUGACAAAUACUUUGAAAACCAAAACUUCCAGACGUUCACAGUGUGAAAUGUGGCCCCACACGAGAAUGAAUGCCUCGCCGCU